CGGAUUUUUAACAUUUAUUUUCGCAAAUACCGCUCAACUACAUAUGAUGAAAUUUAAAAAUUCGAUAUCUCCUAAAGUAUUUGGAAUUUCUUACCUCCGCCACUUUUAAUGAAAAGAGGAAGUUGAAGAGCAUAAAAUAAAGGUAUUUUCGGAUUUUUAAUAUAUUUUUUUUCGGAAAUACCGCCCAAGUAAAUAUUUACCCCCAAAACAUAAAUAAAGAAACACAAGCGUAACGAUUACAAUCGCAGAGCCUUCUAUAUGCAUUACACGACAGUUUCAGUUUCCACAUACUAAAGCAACCAGUAUAGAAGGCCGAAACGCAAGGAGAAAAUGCAAGAAGUAGAAAGUUGAACAACUUCUGCAUUGUGUUAUUGCGUGUCUUGCGUUUUUUAUAAACGAGCUGGUAGAAGAGUUAAGGUUGGACUUUUACCGUAGUUGCGUUUCUUGCGUUUCUGCGUUCUUGCGUUUUCUAUAAACCCGGCCUUACUUUCAAUCUUAUUUUAUAUAUUUUUUUGAUUAUCCAUUUGCAAAUACUACAGCCUUUGUAGGUAAAUAUGUAGAGUAACGGUAUAUGAGAAAAAAAAUGCUAAAAAUCCGAAAAUACUUUUAUUAUAUGCUCUUUCACUUCCUCUUUUCAAAACAACCGCCGGAGAUAAGAAAUUCCAAAUACUUUAGGAGAUAUCGAAUUUUUAAAUUUUCAUCACAAUACUUGUGCAACCAUUUGACCCUCGACAUUUUUGUUAUUUUGCCGUGUGUUCGUGAAUGCGUAAUUAAUAAAAUGGUCGAUUAGGUCAGGUCAGUUACAUUAUUAAUACUCUUAAACUAAGCCGACAUUAAAAAUAAUGUUAAUUUUAAUGGCUGUUUAGUUUUAAAAUAUUUAUAAUGUAACUUACCUGACCAAACAAACCGGUGACAAAGGAUGAACAGUAGGAACUAAUAUGGUCGAUUAGGUCAGGUCAGUUAGAUUAAAAAUACUUUCAAACUAAGUGGACAUUAAAAAUAAUGUGAAUUCAUUUCAAUGGUUGUUUAUUUUAAAGUAUUUAUAAUGUAACUGACCUGACCUAACAAACCGGGACAAAAGAUUAACAGUAGGAACUCAAGUAAUUUUUUUUUUACUUAUUACUUGCGCAACAAAUCCAAUUAACAAAAAUAAAACAUUAAAAUUUGAAAUGUUAAAAAUUCAACUAAGUUAGAGGCGGGUACAAUUCCUUUGCCAUUAGUAGAAAAUGAUGUAGUCGUUCACCUGCGUUGCGAAAAAAAAAAAAUCAUACUCGUAAACAAGAAACAAUGGUGGCCGCAUGAAUGCACAGCCGUGUGUCGGCAGGUGUCGGGACGGAGCAACAUCCACGACAAUGAGCGACCAGAGCCCCUCGGCAGAGCCACCGGGGGAAGUGGAGGACGACGAAAACGAGGCGCCGGGAGACUCCGAUGUUGGGAAGACGGCAGGCCAGCCUGAAGAACCAGAAGAAGAUGACCAGUGUUUUAAAGGUGGUUGUGCAGGCCAGAAGCGCAAGCACAUGCCGGACGAGACGGACGACGACGGCACGAUCUGCCCCGUCUGCCUGACGGAGUGGACGAACGCAGGGGAGCACCGGCUGGUCAGCCUCAAGUGCGGGCACCUGUUCGGCCUGAGCUGCAUAGAGCGCUGGCUGACCACGGGCUGCGGGGCACAGCAGCGACGCUGCCCCCAGUGCAACAAGAAGGCGAGCCGUGCGGACGUGCGUUCCCUGUUCGCGCGGCGCGUGAUAGUGCUGGACACGGCGGAGCAGGAGCGGCUGAGGGCCGCGCUGGAGGCGGAGCAGCGCGAGAAGAACCAGCUCAAAGUAGAGCUGGCACACGUCCAGCUCAACAACAAGUUCCUGCAGCAGAAGCUGGCCGAGACACGGCAGCGUGCGGACGACGGCUGCACGCCCGUCAGCACGCCCUGUGGCACGCCCGGUCCCCUGCAGCUGGUGGCUCGCUCCACCAUCGCCAUCACCCGCGACGGUGGCUGCAGAGUGCUCGCGUUCAGUCCCGCCCUCAACCUCCUGGUGGUGUCGCAACCGUCCACCAACCCUGUGUUUGCUGGGUUCGGGGUGCGCAAGGUGGACACGCUCGACUUCCGUCCCACGCAGUUCGCGCAUCUGCACCAGCAGCAAAUCCGCGACCUGGCCUUCCACGGUGACAAGGUGGGCUUGCUGCUCAGCGUGGGCACGGACAAGCGCGCUCGCUUGUUCGACGUCAGGAGCAACGCUACGGUGGAGACUUUCAACACGGACUCCCCGCUGUGGAGCUGCUGCUGGGACGCGGACAACCCCUUCGUGUUCCUGGUGGGUGGGCAGAACGGCCAGCUGCUGAGGUUCGACACGCGCCGCUCGGGCGGGGCGGGGGAGGCCAUGGACCCGGAGGUGCAGGACCGCUCCCCGCUGGUGUCGCUGGCGAGCGUGUCGUCCGGCAGUGUCCUGGCGUGCCACCUGAGCUCCGUGCAGCUCCUCAGGAGGCGGGAGGGGCGGGUGGUCGCGGAGCCCGUGCCCCUGCACGGGCCGUUCUUCUCUCUGCGCUACGACCCGGCCACCCAGCACUCGCUCGUGUCGUCCCGCCCCAGCGACCGCUUCCCGCAGACGCGGCACGCCCUCUGCCAAGUGGCCCCCGUCUCCGUGGUGCGCGAGUUCUCCGGGGGCACGUCCCAGAAGCUGCUGUCCCGGCCCAUCAUCAUGUCUGUGGGUGCGAACGUGAUGGUGGCCGCGCACGAGGAGAGCUCCGGCUGCCUCGCCGUCUGGGACGUCUCCUCCGGGUCCAAGGUCGCGAGCAGGCUGCGGGAUGCCGUCAUGGACAUGUGCUCCUUCCAGGUCAAUGGCUGCGUGUUCCUCACCGCGCUCACGGAGAAAGCUCUGCACGUGUACGAGCUCAAGAACUAAUUAUCGUAGCCGUGAACCAUCAACUUGAUUUUUUAAGGUAUUUUCCACUCGGCAUGUUGACACGCGUGGCUGUGCAUUUGUGCACACUGUGAAAUAGUUUUUGUAUGUUAGUUUUUUCAUGCCAAAUGAUUUACGCAUCAUCUGUUUUUUUCUUAAAGAAUUUUUCAGUAUGUUAGCUUAGACACAAUAUAUAAUAAAUUUAUGCAUUUUAAAUUUCCCAACCAUCAUGCAAGGGCGUCGCCAGCUGAUGGUCAGUCGUUGGCCGGGGGGUGGGGGGGCAAGUUGUGGAAAAAGUAUGUAUUUCUUUGCAUUUGGCUAUAUUUUUUUGAAUCUCUAGGGCUCUAAAGGGGGGGGGGGGGUCUUAUCCCCCCUGGCGACACCCUUGCCAUCAUGUAAAGCAUGAGGCAAGAUGUCAAGUCAUUGCUUUCAAGCUAAGUGUUUCCAUUUCUGUAAAAAUCUUGCGAAAAUAUGAGUGAGUUGAUACUGUGUUGCCACCAUUGCUUCCAAAACAAAUUUGAACUGAUUAAUUUGUUUUGAAUGGUCCGUCACGAGUUAAACUCUUAAAUGCUAGUCACAAUAUUGUCCAAUUGUAAACAGUACAAAUAGGGCUUUACUUAGUAUGGUUAUGCAUAGAUGCUUAUGGCAACAGAGCCUCCAUUAUGAAAGUGACAUUUGAGUCACUUGGUUAACAAUUUGGUACUCAUAACAUUGAGUCGUACCAAGGGUGGGGAUUGAGCCCUUCUAUCAUCCUCACCACAAGGGUACGAUGUGUCAGCUAUCACUGCCAUAGAGGAUCCACCUUUCCUAGUACAGGAAAGACUAGAAUGUUAGAGCUCCAGUGCAAGACGACCUCAAAAACACAGUGAAACCCUGUUAAAGAUGUUUUUCAAGAUAUUUAGAAAUAUUAACAGGGAAAAAUUAAAAAAAUGGAGAAAGUAAAUUGAUUGUAUUAGUAGCUCAGUGCUAAAUUUAUUAAAUUUACUUUGCAGAAUUUAUUAAUAAAUUGAAGUUUCUUUAGAGGUUUUUACUAUUUUAUUUCAAUUUAGUGAAUUUUUUUCUGUGGAAUUGAGGUAUAGUAUAAAUUUUACAAGGUACUAGAGUAGUUGAAGCUUAAUUGAAUUUUAUAAAAUCUGUUAUUUUAAACAAUUUUUUUUUGUGCAUUUAGCUAAUAAUAUGUUGUGUUUUUUUUUCUAUUUUUUUAUGUAUAAAUUAUAUAUUUUAGUUUAAGCUGUUCUGAAAACAAUUUUAAAAUUUUAGACUCAUACUCCAUGCUUAUUCUAGCAAUGAGUGCAUAAGGUGUUAUAGUUAUCAUUAAAAUGUUUGUGUUAAAAUAUCCGUAGAGAAACAAGAUCUUAUGGUUUUAUUUUUAGUCCAAUUUAGAUUUUAAAAGAAAAUUUUAGUGUUUUUUUAUUAUUUUAUAUAAAUUUUUUUUGUGAUACUUACUUCUCCAGGAUGGUGGUAAAUUUACAUGCUGUAUUUUUACGAUGAAAUAAUUUGUCAUAUGUUGGUCUAAAACAGAUACAGCAAGAAAAAAACAAUUGUGAAGAUUUGUGGUUUAAAAAUUAUUCAAUAAGAGAUGCACUAUAAAACAAAAAUUUUCUGUUCCAAGCCCUUUUGGUACAAUUUAAUUUCAAAUGUUAAAAGAUGACUUUUUUAUGAUUUUGAUUAAGAUUUAAUUAAAUGCUUCUUAAUUCCAUGAUAUAACUUGCAUUUUGUUGCUAUUUGCUGUAUUUACUUGCAUUUCAGUGUUAUUUCGGUUUUAUCACAAUUCACUGUAAUAAUCUUGUCCCUAGUAAUCCAGCACCAGUCAAGCUGCAAACAUUAAGAUUUUUUUGACGUGACGUCUAAUAAAUCGAUGAACGCCGGUUGCACGCACGAAAAAGUGUCCCACUACGGAUGUGUCCUGUUUGCUCAUUGUACGCAUGCGUGGCAUCUCUCUUCAUGUUCAUUGUACGCAUGCGUGGCAUCUCUCUUCCACUCGAUUGGAACAACCAUCGAUUUGACUUUUCAAUCAUAUUUUCAUCGUUUGAAUUAUUAAUAUUAUGUAAUUUAACGAUCGUCCACCGAUUUACAGCACAAUUGGUACGGUUAUUUAAUAGUAAUGUUGAAUAUUCAAAUACGUUUUAAACCAACAAUGGUGUUUUACAGUUACACAUAAUAAUUCAAAUUACACCAAGGAUCUUUUGCACAAUGUUUUAAAAAAUAUUGUAACACAUUAUAAAUAAGUUUGGUGUAUUUGGGAUGCGUAUUUGUUAUAAAAUCGUGUUAUAAAAACGAAAUAAUAUUAUUCCCCUACCAUGAACAAAAUUGUUAUAAAUAUGUAUAUAACAUCUGAAACUAUUACUUUUCAAGUAUGGCCUCUUGGCCUUGUGAUUAGCAUCGCUAACUUCCACACUAAAUGUUAUCGGUUGGAAUCCCGGCAGCUGCAAAAUUUUUAUUUUGUACUUGUAAAAAUAAAUGCGGCGCACGCAACAUUUCAAAAGUAAUAAAUAUAUUUGAAUUAAUGAAUGCAAAUAAAAGUAAAUUUAUUAAUUAAAUUGUACAUUUCAUUUCACUCCUGUGUAUCCAUACAAAAUAGUGAUAAUUCAAUAAAAAUGAUUCAAUUUUAUUCAAACCGUCAACACUGCCAUUUGGCCUCGCAGACACAUGCACUCUUGAUCCCUCUUUGACUGGUUUAGUUUUACAUUUUCCUCUCCUCUGCUCUCGCCCUCGCAACGCAGUAGACUUGCCGGUGCCGCGACAGAUAGGGUCGCAGGCACAACUCACGUUCAAAUAUAUAUAUAUAUAUAUAUAUAUAAAUAAAUAUAAAUAAAUAAAUAAACCACUUUACUAUAUUUAUAUAAAGUGGUUUAUGGAUGUGUAGAUGUAUUUUACUAUUCGCUGGUCAAACAAAAUGCUUGUUGACACUUGUAAAGUAUAAUUAUUCUGGCCAAAUAGAGCAAAUUGUGUAAGA